AAAGCCGGCGCAAGUUGUCUCUCUUGCGAGUGCCCGUUGUAAAUUCGUUUCAACGGUAAAAUAAACAUUAUUUUUUACUGACUGAAUCACUGAAAACGUUUCUGUAAGGGGUUCUCAUUUCUCCCCUCGCGAUUCUCGGCCAUCUUUCUGUCCGGUUCUCAAUGUUUUCAGUGAUUUCAGGCCCUCUUGUGCCAACAUGAAGCCCCCUCCUCGGAAACGGUCCAAACCGUCCAGACCUGCGCCGGCAGAAGAGAGGUCCGUCAAAUGGCAGAGAGCCGAGCAUUCUAAGCUCCUUUACGGGCUGAGGAGGCUGGCAAGGACCGACGAUGGACGGGGAGACAUCGACUAUUCUGCCCUGGAGACGUACGUCCGAACUCGGUCUGUCUCAGAGAUCCAGGCGGAGGUGGCUGCUCUGAAGAACAAAGUUAUCUUGUGUGCCAGUCACCAGUUUCGCGAGAAGAGACGGCAGGAGAGGAGGGCCAAAAAGCCCAUAGAGCUGUGGACUGACAUGGCGUCCUCUGUGACGGGAACCCUCGAAGCGACAAUCAACACAGCCUUCGCUCAGAUGCUGAUCGUGUCAUCCACGGAGCCUUGCACUCUCAAGAACUGUGACCCGCCCCAGCUCCACACACAGAACAUCAAUCCAAGCAGACCUGCAGAUCGCACUGUCCCCCCUAGACCGAUGUUUCGAUCAACAGCUGUACCAGGUGUGCGCCCCCUCACCCCUCCUCUCCUGGUCACGAAGACCCUGGCCCCCACUAUGAGCGCCCCCUGUAGACUCCCAGCUCCUUCUCAGGUGUUUCAUGUCCCAAACACUGACAUCCCCUUGCCUCAGACUGCUGCUCCUGUACCUACACAGCCUGCUUCACAGACCCCCGUUACUCCUGCUAAGACCCUAAUGACCAGACCUGUCACACCUGGUUUGGACUCCCCAGCCAGGGGAACAAUCACUCAGAAACCCUCAGAACAGCUACCCCUCUUCUCCAGUCCUCCCCCACUCCCUUCCCCCUAUCCUGCUUCCUCACCCUCUAGCCUCUCCCCCUCUCCAGCGCCCCCCACUCAGCCCAUGCCUCCCCGUCUCUCCAGCCCCCCCUGGGAGGAUCAUCCCAGGAUGUUGGGGGUUAACUGUGUGGUGGACUUUGAGCGGAUCUACAGGUACCUGAGCGCAGUCCUGAAGCCUGAAGAGGAGUGUCACCUCACUGCCAUGGAGGGUGCCAUCAUGCUGGAUCUGCUGAUGUCUCUGCCUGAGGAACUUCUACAGCUUGACUGCAACAAGCUGCAGAAACACCUGCAGCAGGUGUACAAGACUCUCCUAUCACGCUCCCACACCAGGAUGGCCAAAGACUUGUUCAGACACCUGAAGGAGCGACUCGGGGCUCAGAAUCAGUUGCCGCCGGCUCCAGAGGCAGACAGACCAGCAGACACUCACAGUGGAGGAGUUGAACCACCACCACAGAAUGCAGAUAGCCAAUCAUCUGCUAGCAACACCGCAGCCAAUCAGGACACAGGUGUUGUUGGAGCCUGCUCACCCCUAAACCCGUUCCUGGUUCCGGUGAAGCUGCUAAAACGGAAAGAAGUUCAAAUGAUGUAAAUAUGGAAGAGGAUGAGGGUCACUAAAAGUUUUUUGAGAUUCACCUUUUUGUCCAGUUCUGACAUCAAAGCCAGAAUUUGAAGAUUAAAGUCAGAAUUCUAAGAUUAAAGUCAGAUUUAUAAGAUUAAAGUCAGAACUCUGAUCUCAAAGUCAGACUAAGCUCAAAGUCAGAAUUUAAAGAUUAAAGUCAGAAUCCUGAGAUCAAAGUCAGAAUUGUGACCUUGAUCUGAGAUUUUCAAAAAACACUGAAAACCUAAAAAGCAUUCACAAAUUAUGGUUUCUAAUUUGAGCUCAGUUUGGAGAAACACGGCCAAGAAUCAAGACAAAAAACUGAAAUAUUUAACACUGACUUUGAUCAGAUUUAUCCUCUUGUAGAAUGACUUUAUAUCUCCGCUUUUGUUUUAUUUUUACAAUCAUUUGUUCAACAGUUUCAGAGAGUUUAUUGUCUAAAAUCUUGUAAACCUGAGAAGUGCCACUUCUACAAGAGUCUUUAUUUUUGUACAGUUUCUAGAGUUUAGAUUAUUUAUUAAUGUUUGUUAGAAGUUUUCUUUGUUUGUUUCUUUUUUUGAAGGGGUGGGGGGCAUUAAGAUGCCUCUGUCCAAACAAAAAUCAACAGUAAUACUCAGUGAAUUUCAGUUCAUUUUGCUUCAUUAAAGAAAAAUAAAUGACCAUUGCUAAGAAUCGCUUUCAUUUUUGAAUAAUCUGCAGAUUGUUUAUUGAUUAAUUGGAUCAUAAAAAGUCAAAAAGGGUCAUACAGUAUAAAUGCAAGACAGUAGAAAAAUCCAAAAUGAAACAAAAGCAGCUUUGAAUGUGUAAUAGAGUUAUUUUAAAAUGCAAUAAAAAAGAUGCAACUAAUUGCAUCAAUUGCCUCAUCACAAUUAAAUUUCUGUAUUGAUUUCUGUAUUGAAGCCCCAGUCUCAUUGAGUCGUCUUAUGGAAAGUUUCCAUUACUGACUCCUAAAUAACACGAAGAGAAUGGAAGGGUUUUUGAGUUUUGCAGUGCUGUUCACACACUUCCUUGGUAAACUUAGUUUCAUUGGCACUGAAUUAUUUUUACACCCUAUGAUACUGUUUUACCAUUCAACCAGAGCUCAUAUUUCUUGGGACGAUUAUGUACAGGAUUACCCGUUAGAAUGCCAAUUUUUGUGUUUCUGGUAAUUUCCAUCUCACAGGAAUGUGACCUUUUAUGGUAGAAAAAUAAUAAUAAUGACCGAAGACAAACAGAGACAACAACAGGACUCUACUC